AUGGUGAUGGAAUUGGCAUCCAAUGGAGCAUUAGACAGCUUCCUCAAGAAGAACGAACAGAACCUGGAUAAGAAGAAUGAAAUGAUCUUGCAAGCAGCGUGGGGGCUAGAGUACUUGCACGGGGUACCUGUGAUCCAUAGUGAUAUCGCCGCAAGGAAAUACUUGUAUGGAGACGGACGAGUCAAGAUCUCCGACUUUGGUUUGACUCGGAAAGGAGACUCCUACCAGGCUGAUCUCAAGAAAAAGGCACCAAUUCGCUGGCUGGCUCUGGAAGUGCUCCAUGGAGGACCCUACAUUUCAAAGAACGACAUCUGGGUUUAUGCAGUCAUGUCAUGGAAAUCUACAACAAUUGAAUCGCCUUAUCCAGGGAUGAUGGUCGCCCAAGUCGCCGCAAAAGUUGUCGAGGGAUACCGCAUGGAUCUUCCGCAAGAUCUCAACCCAGAUAUCAAAACUCUGAUUGGAAAGUGCUGGGGAGAGAACGUUUUGGAGCGCCCAUCAAUGGCGGAGAUUGCUUCGGAAUUCCAGCGUUGCACUACCAUCCCAAGACCUGAUUUUGCUGCAAUUGAGUCUCAGAUCAAAAGAGAAAUGCCGAGCAUGAACAACAUGACCAGCAAAUCGUACAAGAACAAGCCAAAGAAUGGGAAAGGAGCACCACGUCUUCCAAAAGGAAUGUGA